UUUUUCACACAUUCUCCUGCCUUACCAAUAUGCCCGCAAUGCCUUCCUGUGCUUCAAUAACCCAUGACUCUUCACAGCCUGUUAGGUUCCAAGCUGCUUCCAAGACAGCACUCAGCCUCAGUCCUGCAGCAGGUUUUGGGUUUAUAGGGCAUUUCUCACUUUGGUUUCUUUCUACCCUUUUUCUACAUUUGACUUCUGUUCUGGUAGAAUAUAGGGCUCUAUUUCCAUCAGUCUUGUCCUUGCCAUGGCCUUUAUCACUGUGUCUUAAAUCUAGUGAUACAUGUUGAAUGUAAAUUAAUAAAUUAAUAUCACACCUGUUUGGUUUUCAGGGCUGUGCUACCAGCAUAGUCUCCCAAGAUGGUGAGCAGAACGGUCUUAUGGGGAGAGUGGAUGAAGGUGUAGAUGAAUUUUUCACCAAGAAGGUGACCAAAAUGGAUUCCAAGCGAUGGUCAGCGAGGGGCUCAGAGUCCCACGAGCUUAGUGAAGGAGGAGAUGAGAAGAAAAAACGCGACUUUCGGAAAACUGGUUUUCUCAAUUUAAUCAAACCCCGGACCAAACCUGAGAGGUCCUCCACACUCUUGACAGCAGAAGAAUUCUCCUCCCCCAAGGCGGGAGUCAGAAGUCCAGCUGUGGAUGCCCCCAGGAAGGACACGAAGCCAGCCGAGCACAACGGCAGUGCUGAUCGGAUGGAGGAGAUCAAAACACCCGACUCCCUGGAAGAAAGUCAAGGGGAAGACGUGGGGAAGGUGGACCGGAGUGACAGCAAGGGCAGCCCCCAGGGCGGGCGAAGGUACGGGGUCCAGAUGAUGGGCAGCGGGCUGCUGGCGGAGAUGAAAGCCAAGCAGGAGAUGAAAGCCAAGGCCGCUUGCUCGCUGAAGAAACUUGGGAAUGAUGCUGUCUCCCCGGAUUCUUCCAGCCUGGCCUUGAGCAGCACAGAACGGUCGGAUGGAAGUGGGGCUGUGCCUAAAGCACAUCCAGAGAACCGCUUCGGUUUGGGAACCCCAGAAAAGAAUGCCAAAGCUGAGCUCAAGGCGGAGGCGGGCUCGAGGCCCCGGAACUUUUCCAACAGGCCCACCAGCCCGAAGCCCCUCCUGCAGGCCCCCAAACCCAACCUGGCGGCGCGACCCACCAUUCCGCAGAAACCAAGAACUGCCUCGCGGCCUGAGGAUGUCCCAGACUCUCCAUCCAGUCCAGGUUCUCCUAAAGUCGCUCUUCUUCCACCCGUCUUGAAAAAAGUUCCUGCAGACAAAGAGAGAGAUGGCCAGGGCAGCCCACAGCCCAGCCCCAGGACCUUUUCCCGGGAAGUAGUGCAAAGAGGAGAUUAUUACAAAAGGCAUUCAGAUCAUGACAGUGGCAAGCCUUCCGGUAGAGGGAAAAGACCUUCAAAACUGUACUCCACCAUUGCAGAAGAGGAAGUGAAUGCAAUUGGGCACAGGAAGUCACAGCCAACAAAUGUGUCCAGGAGAAGCUGGAGCCAGCAGGCCCAGGAGUGUCAAGAGCAAAAGCAGUGGGCCUCCAGUAAAGACGGCCAGCCGGGCAGCAAAUCCAGCGACUCUGGGGAAGAAGCAGAGAGAGAGUAUAUUUUUGUGUAACGGUCGCCCACGAGAAGUCUUACCAUGAGGGGUGCUUCUGUUAGCCAUCAGAGAGGAACCAAGGGCAACAUCUCUUUCUUCUGAGCAGCUGUCUCUUGGUGCUUUUUUCUUUCUCCUUUUUUCCUCGAGAACCAAAACAAAUCCAUUUCUCGGGAAUCAAAGCACAGGUUUGAUCUCUCCCAACCCUUGGCAUUUGAUUUCUAUGCACUCCUUCAUCUGCCUUCAGCGAAUGCCAGCAUUACCCCAUGGGCCCUACUUGAAUUUCUCUGAGGCAGCUAAAGGUUGCCCCGUCAGGUGAGUUUGGGGAGGUAAACGAGGUCACUGGACACACACUUCUACGUGACUCCAUCCAGCUGACCGUGGGCACUGCUGCAUGUGGCUGUGUCAAACCUGCACUUGACUCGAUAGAGCAGUCUAUUCUUGAUGUAUGCAAUUGCACUGUAAUUAACAGAGCACACUAAUAGUUUGUAUAAAUUAUAUAUAUCAGAUCUUGGGGAUGGUUUUUACAUUCUCCCAUGGGGAACUUCUUCCUUCCUUCUUCUUCCCGAUGUGGAAUUGUACAUUUACAUUUGGUACGGUGACCUUUGUGACACCAACAAGCGAGUUGAGAACCGAGUGAAAGGCCCAUGGCGGAUUCUACCAUGCACCCAGAUUAAUGUAUAUAGUUGAUUGGAAUGAGGUUUUUAUGAAUAUUCAUGUUUUUUUGAAGGCCUUUAAUUUCUGUUCUGCAUAUUAGCUUUUAAUGUGUGAUUAAGAGAGAUACUUUGACACCUGUAAAAAAUCAAAAUACUACUUUUUAAGACAUUUCACAAAUAUUCACUUACAUUACAGGCUGAGGUAUUUUAUUCAUAUGUAUAUUUAUACCAAUAAAAUGAUUUUACAAGUGGAA